AUGAGACACCAGCACAGCCUCACCAUGAGACACCAGCACAGCCUCACCAUGAGACACCAGCACAGCCUCACCAUGAGACACCAGCACAGCCUCACCAUGAGACACCAGCACAGCCUCACCAGGAGACACCAGCACAGCCUCACCAUGAGACACCAGCACAGCCUCACCAGGAGAUACCAGCACAGCCGCACCAUGAGACACCAGCAGAGCCUCACCAUGAGACACCACACAGCGUCAACAUGA